AUGGAUGGACAAGAGUUAAAUAAUCUAAAGAAAGCACGAGCUGUAGUAAAAGGACAGUUGAAGAAGGCAGAAAGAUUCCAGUCUCAAGGUAGUCUUACAGUGACUGAGGUGAGUGUUAAACUCAAAGCAUUUGCUGACCAGUGGGAACGUUACAACAGUAUUCAGGACCAAAUUGAUACAUUAACCGAUGAAGAAAACUUGCACCAUGAAAUAGAAUGUAGAUAUGCGGUUCACCGAAUUUGCACCGAUUACAAAGUAACACUGAACAGAGUAAUAAAAGAUGAGAACCACCCUAUUCCAAGAAUUGAAGAAAUCCACUCUCAAAUGAACGGAGGAAAAGUAUUUUGCACGCUAGAUAUUUCUAACGCAUAUCUUCACAUGAAAAUGGAUGAGGACAGCGCACACAUGCAGACAUUGAGUACACAUAAAGCCCACGACAAAGACCUUCAACCAAUACUACAUGCACUUGAAGAAGGUAAAUCAGUGGAAGCUUUUGGGUACCACGACAAUGAAUUAACACUUCAAGACGGAUGUAUAUUCAAAGGAUGUCGAGUUCUAAUACCACAAUCCCUUCGUCGGAAGGUUCUUGAUGAACUUCAUAUUGGGCAUUUAGGCAUGGAGAAAAUGAAAUCCCUAGCCAGAAGCUAUUGUGCAUGGAAGAAUAUUGAUCGAGAUAUAGAACAAUUGGCAAAAUCGUGCAAACAAUGUCGUUUGAAACAAAAUGAACCAAGAAAGGAACAAAAUCAUCCAUGGUUAGCUCCCCAGGGACCAUGGGAAAGGUUACAUAUAGACUUUGCUGGUCCAAUGCAAGGACAGUGGUACUUUAUUAUUGUGGACGCCUUUACUAAGUGGAUUGAGGUAAUACCUACUAAGAAUACUUCUACAGAAUUUUGCACAAGAGAACUUAGAAAAUUAUUUGCUACAUUUGGUCUUCCCAUGAUUUUGGUUUCUGACAAUGGAAGUCAAUUUACGUCUAGCGUCUUCGAACAGUUCCUAUCAGAAAACGGGGUGUUACACAAAACAACUGCUCCUUACCACCCUUCGUCAAACGGGCAGGCUGAGCGUUAUGUUCAGACUGUGAAGAAGUCCCUAAGAGCAAUGGAAGACGAGGGAGGGAGACUAGACGUCAAACUCUUCAGAAUGCUUAUGCAGUUACGUCAAACCUCAAAUUCAUCUGGCUGUGAUGCAUACUCCUUGAUGUUUGGCAGGAAGAUUCGAACACACAUAGCUCUUUUACAUCCUACACGUAAACAAGAAACUGAACAUGUGAAGCAAGCAACAAGAUAUUUUAAGGAGGGAGACAGAGUACAAGCGAGAAAUUAUUCAAACUCAAAAGACAAGUGGAGUUUUGGAAGAAUAUUGGAAAGGGAAAGCAACCUUCUGUAUAAAGUACAAAUGGACGAUGGAACUGUCUGGAGGCGUCAUGUUGACCAACUACUCAAAUGCGAAAUAACGUUACCAAAACAUUUCAGAGGGGAGAAUUGA